AAAAGUCUGUAGAAUAAAUGUAAAUUUGCUCAAAUGCUGUGGAGGCAAAAAUAAAUGCGUUCUGCACUAAGUGUUAUACUGUCGAGUCCAGUGCCCGACAAUAAAAUGUCUCAUCCAGAUUAUGAGCAGACGGCUCAUGAUCAUGCAACUAUUUUAAUAUUAUUGAAACCACUUGGUGCACAGAUCAAGCAAAAAACUGUGACUCGUAUUUGCGAGAGAAUUAUUAAAUGUGGCAGUAGAUUUUCAGUUAUCGAUUCUUCUAAUAAUACUCGUGAAAUACUUACUAGGUUUAUAAAAGAUCAUCCUGUUGAAAACAAUGAUUGGGGAGAUUUUCAAACUCAUAGGCGAUUAUUAGGUCUUAUCACAUUUGGGAAAUAUGAGAAUCAAAUAGAAUUAAAUGAACUUUGUAGGCUUCACGAGACUCUUAAAGUAAAAUAUGUACAAACGCUAUAUGAUUCGAGAGCAAUAUUAUUUGGCCCAAUUCCAUCGGAGAAUUUAAAUGAACCACCACCAUCCUUCACUACACCUCAUAAUUUUAAAACAGUGGGUAUAUUUUAUGCCGAUGAUCUAUGUCCAAAUUUGGAAAUACAAAUGUCACAGUGCUUUAAUUCGCUGUUUUGGAUUUUGGAGUCAAAAAGAUUGGAACGGUCUAGAGAAAAAAUUGAUAAAGUCGCCUUACUACAGGCACCGUUUGAAAAGAAAGAUUUUAUUGGCUUAGAUUUAGAAUCGAGAAAUAAUCGGGAGAGGUGCGUUGGUCGCGCAACAAAACACUUAGGUGAUUUAUGCCUUCAAGCUGGUUUACCAGGAGACGCUUUGAACAAUUAUAAUUCAGCCAUAGGUACUUUACAAUCAGUUAAUGAUUGGUUAUGGCUUGGAUCGGCGUACGAAGGACUUUGCGCCGUGUCUGCACUAAUUUUAUAUCCAAAUAUGUGCAGAAACGUUCCUUUACAAAGAAAUUCAUCGUUACAAGAAGGCAGUCCUGGAAAACAAAGGCGAGGAUCACAACCGACCACAACACUUUGCGCACCACCUACAAUAGAAACUAUCAAGAUGAACAUGCCAAAUAUUUUGCUCCCCGAAGAUAUAUGUAAAAAAUAUCGUGAAGCAAUUGUGCAUUAUACUAAAUAUCAAAAUGCUGGGAUUAUCGAGACAGAAGCUAGUUUCAAAGCCACUAGAAUUUCAAUCGAACAAAAUUGUACUCUGCAAGCAGCGUCUUUCCUCAGUAAUGUUUUAUUCAAUAACAUGACAAUGAACGAGCAGGAAAAAAUAGAUCGUUUUACAACAUUAUCCGACUUGUACACCUCAUUUGGAUAUUUGAGGAAAGCUUCAUUUUGUUUAAGGCAUGCUGCACUACGGCAUGUUUCACAAUAUAAUCCAAAUCUUGAUUGGCAGCAGUGUUACAAUUUGUUGCUGCAAGCUACAUCAGGAUUCAAAUUAUCACUCGAUCCAGUAGAAAUGUCUUUUGAUAAUAGAAAAGGUUGGCCAUCCAUUCAAAUUCAAUUGAUAAAUGAACUAGUUGCUGCAGCAAAUCGUAUGGGUCAUCCUGCAUUGGCCACUAGGCAUCUAACAUUUCUUUUACAAACAAUGUACAAUUACCUUACACCUACCGAAAGGAAAGACGCGGCUCUUCAGUUACAAGCCGUUUCUCAACAAUCCGAAGGCUCACCGGUUCCUCUCGUAUUAGAUUCGGGAAGAGUUAUACCCCCGGCAAAUCUAACGAACAUUCCACGCACAAAAUCAUUCGCUUUGAAGAAUCUGCAGCCGCACUUGCAACCCCAGAAAAUUGAGCGCGUUAAAGAGGAUCAUGGCCCGUUUCUCUUUACACCUAUAAAUUUCGGCUCACUCGAGCGCAAAACAACCGCGAAGGGCAAAGUCGAUUAUCUGUGGGUGGAUGGCGACAUAUGCGAGGUAUCCAUGCAACUCGUCAACCCCUUGCCAUUCGAGCUCCACGUGUCGAAUAUGCGACUGCUGACAAGCGGUGUGGUAUUCGAGCCAAUACCCGAGAGUAUUACACUACCGGCCGAGUCAGGUACGAUCGCGGUAACGCUCGCUGGUACUCCAAGAGAAGUUGGCGAACUCGAAAUACUCGGCUUCAGUACGCAUACCCUUGGGGUUAAAUCGAAUUGCCGGCUGAGACAUAUCGAGAGCAUGCCCCAUCCACUCUACACGGUUGAGAUUGUGCCGGCUUUGCCAAGAAUCAACGUCGAGACGAGUCUACCUAGGACGGCAAGCUUUAGCUCUGGAGAAAAUAUCGUUACCAGCGCAAGCAUAUCUCUUUACGGUGGUGAGAGCGCUGAAUGUACAAUAACAAUAACAAAUAUAAGUCAAGUGCCAAUUGAAAUGAUAGAAAUUUCGGUGCAAUCAACUUUGGAUAGUUUGACCGAGUCCAAAGUAUUCAAAUGGAGCAAUGAAAAUCUUCUGACUCAGUUACCUUUGCAACCACAAUCAAGCGCUUGUAUUACUUUAUAUAUGUAUGCAGCAAUGGAAUUCGUAGCAUCGCAACGACAUGACAUCACUAAUGCCUAUCAAAGUCAAUCGAAUAGUUUAAUAUCUCACUCGGGUCCAAGCUCCUUACCGUCACGACUAAGUACCUCAUCUCAUCACACCAAAAGAUAUUCUGAAUUGACGUCAUCGUUUCGUUCAGGUACGAGUUCGAACUCGUCGAAUUCAUUAAGCAGUACACGAUUAUCCAAAUUGGCUGUGCCGAUACACGCUUCGAACAUUGUUGAAGGACAACUAAAAAUUAAGUUCUCUGGUAGUGCCGGCCUAGCCUCUGGGUAUUGUAGGAUUUCAUCUGUAUUUAUCACCAUAGAAAUGUUGCGCAGUGUACAAUUUACAAAUUGGGAUGUAUUGCCAGCAGAGACGCCAACGCAAUUUUACCUUGUAUUAGAUGUCAUAAAUAUGACUAAUCAUGAAAUGGAACUACAUUACACACAAAAUAAAUGCAUUUACAUGGAAGGCCGGGAAUCUUGUAGAAUACCCAUUCCAGUUGAUCGGUGUCCAUUUAAUAAAUUAUCCACUAUAGAUGGUGCGGGAAAUAACGAAGAUUUACAAAAAAUUUGCUCAGAACAUAUAGCAUCUUUAGCUGAUUUAAAAUGGCAAUUAGUGGGAACGGAAACAACGGGUAAAGCAACUUUAUCUGGAUUAGCUUUAACACAGGACAUGCUGGAUCUUGUGAGAAUGAGUCCGUUACAAUGGGAAGUUACAAUAAACGAUGUCGUUUUCAAAGCACAAGAUGAAAUAACGUGUAACUUAGGGGAAUGCAUCAAUGUUGGAGUGGGUGUAUCAAAUGCUUUAGAAAGCCCUCUUCGUAAUUUAAUUUUGUCGAUCAAUCUUUAUCAAGAUCAUCACAACGGUGUUAAUAAUUAUAGACUCGAUACUAGAGUUUCAAUAGCUGGUGCAAAUAAAGUUAUCCUUCCUACUUUGCAGGAAUCUGGACGGGCGUAUCAUGAAUGCCGUGUAGUUUUUCUCACUGCUGGCCAGUAUAAAAUUGAUAUUCAAUGUAGUAGUCGAGAAUCGAUAUUAGAUUCAUUGACAUUUUGUUCAGAAUUGGGAAAUUCUGGACAUACAUGGCGCUACAUACCACCUAUUGAGAUAAAAGUAGAAGAUUGUUGAAGUUCAAUCGAUUGUUUAUUCGUAUUUGUAUUUAUUUAUUGGUAUUAAGAAA